AUGAUGGUGAUGAUGAUGGUGCUCAUGGUGAUGAUGGUGAUGAAGAUGGUGAUGAUGGUGAUGAUGAUGAUGAUGAAGAUGAUGGUGCUCAUGGUGAUGAUGGUGAUGAUGAUGAUGAUGAAGAUGAUGGUGCUCAUGGUGAUGAUGGUGAUGAUGAUGGUGAUGAAGAUGAUGGUGAUCAGGAUGAUGCUCAACUUUCUGCCAGUGUCAGUGAUUCAUCCCUGGAUAAGUUCCUGGGGGCAGCCAUGAAAAAAUCCCUCUACAGUAGAAACGGUCACCUGGACCUGUUUGUUCGCUUCCUUCAUGGCCUCUCUCUGGAGUCCAACCAGAGGCUCUUAGGAGGUCUGCUGGGUCAGAGAAAGAACAGUCCAGGAACCAUCCAGAGAGCCAUCGACAACCUGAAGGAGAUGAACAGAGAUGAUAUCUCUCCUGACAGAAGCAUCAACAUCUUCCACUGUCUGACGGAGAUGAAGGAUCACUCAGUUCAUCAGGAGAUCCAAGAGUUCCUGAAGUCAGAGAACAGAUCAGAGAAGAACCUCUCUGUGAUCCACUGCUCAGCUCUGGCCUACAUGCUGCAGAUGUCAGAGGAGGUUCUGGACGAGUUGGACCUGUAUGAGUACAACACAUCAGAGGACGGACGAUGGAGACUGAUCCCAGCUGUGAGGAACUGCAGGAAGGCUCGACUUACUGAUUGUCAACUCUCAGACACUCACUGUGAAGUCGUGGCCUCAGCUCUGAAGUCCAACCCCUCCCACCUGAAGGAGCUGGACCUGAGUGACAACCAGAAACUGCUCGAUUCUGGAGUGAAGCUGCUCUCUGCUGGACUGGAGAGUCCAAAUUGUAGGCUGGAGACUCUGAUAUUGGAGGACUGCAGUUUGUCAGAGAUCAGCUGUUCUUCUCUGGCCUCAGCUCUGAAGUCCAACCCCUCCCACCUGAAACACCUGCACCUGAGUAACAACGACCUGCGGGACUCAGGAGUGAAGGGUCUGUGUGGUUUUCUGGAGAGUCCAGACUGUCGACUGGAGACUCUGGGGUUGAGUCACUGCAGUUUGUCAGAGAUCAGCUGUUCUUCUCUGACCUCAGCUCUGAAGUCCAACCCCUCCCACCUGAAACACCUGGACCUGAGUCACAACAUCAACCUGCGGGACUCAGGAGUGAAGGAUCUGUGUGUUUUUCUGGAGAGUCCAGACUGUCGACUGGCGACUCUGAGGGUCGGCAGGAACAGGGUGAUUAAAGCUUCCAGAGACAAAACCUGUGACUCUGAUGUCAAGCUGGAUUCAAACACAGCAGACACAAAGCAGGAAGAGAUGGAGGAUGACGAGUCGGAGGAGUCGGAGGAUGACGAGUCGGAGGAUGACGAGUCGGAGGACGACGAGUCGGAGGAGAUAGAGGAUGACGAGUCGGAGGACGACGAGUCGGAGGAGAUGAAGGACGACGAGUCGGAGGAGAUGGAGGACGACACAAAGCUGAUGAAGCCUCCAUCAAGCUUCACACCUGAGCUGAGAUCAGAAUCUACACAAGUCUCAUACAGGUUCAGGUGUCCUGGUCCGGGCGGGUUCCAGUGUACUUCAACUGGACUGGUGUUUGUUAUGGAUCAGGAGGCGGAGCUGCUCUACAGGACUGUCCAAUGGGACGAGAGCCUCCUCCAAUCAGCUGGCAAGGCGGCUGCAGGGCCGCUGAUCAGUAUCCAGUGUCCUGAGGAUGCCGUCCGUCAGCUCCACCUCCCUCACUGUGAAACAAAGGAUGCUCUGCUCUCUGAAGGUCUGCUGUCUGUCGUCCACAUCACUGAUGAUGGAAUGAGCGUCAUCGACCCGCUGGAGAUCACAGACACUCAUGUGAUCGUCAAAGUCCCUCAUCUCUCCUGCUUUGGCCUGGUCUGGGCUUGGGAGCUUUUACUGAGGCUUCUGGACAACAAGAAACCAAUUAGCUGCCAAGUUUUGCUGUUCCGACCACCAAACCAAAUAACACGGAAGCAAAGCCUCAAUGUGCAUCUGCUGCCAAGUAACGUCCUUCUGGAUGAGGUGAAGGCAAAGCAGGAAGAUUGUGUGCUCAUCCGGAAGCCUUCCAAAUGCACACUCAUCAAAAACCAAACUUACACCGUUCACUGUCCGAAGGCCCAUAAAGUCCAGCCUCAGAAAGAUGACUUUGACCUGGACUUUGGACCAAAUUAUCCCCCGACGUUUGAGAUCAUCCUGCCUGCAAACAUAGAGGAAACCACUGUGGCGGUCCGAGACCAGGCGGAGACAGCUGUCUGGGAGUGUGAGGUUCACCUGCCAGUUCAUCUUCCAGGUCCUGGUCCAGCAGGGACUCCGAGUGUCUCAGCAGGGACUCCGAGUGUCUCAGCAGGGACUCCGAGUGUCUCAGCAAGGACUCCGAGUGUCUCAGCAAGGACUCCGAGUGUCUCAGCAAGGACUCCGAGUGUCUCAGCAGGGACUCCGAGUGUCUCAGCAAGGACUCCGAGUGUCUCAGCAAGGACUCCGAGUGUCUCAGCAGGGACUCCGAGUGUCUCAGCAGAAGAGAAGCUGAAGUCUGUUCGGACUCAGUUCAUCGACAGAGUGUCAGGACCUGUUGUUCGUGAGCUGCUGGAUAAACUCCUGGACUGCGAGGUGUUAACUGGCGGUGAAAUGGAGUCUGCUGCCGCGACAACGGGCAGGGCAGAGAAAGCUCGAGAGGUGAUCGACAUGGUGCGAAGAAAAGGACCGGCAGCCAGUUCAGCUCUGAUUGAUGUUCUGUGUGAGGUGGAUCCAUACCUGUCAUCACAGCUGGACCUAACGUGAAGAGGAAACUUCUUUCAUUCUUUAGUUUUACCUUCAAACGCUCCAGACAUGAAUCUGUGUUCAUGUUCUGGAAACGAGACUCUGUCCUGCUGGGACUCACUGAACAUUGGUGUAUCGACUUGCUUUACAGUUACUGAAAGUUUUGAGAUUUAAGAUCAAUAAAUGACAGUUUUCUUCU